AUGGAACGUCGAAAAUCACUUAUGGAGAAGUUGGAAAGAGCGAUGAUUGAUGCUGCUGUCGUUGAAGAUACACAAGGAGUAGAUGAUGCAGAGGAUGUUGUUUCCAACUAUUUUAUAAGUUUUUCCGAAAUCGUUCCCACACUGGACUGUGCUGUUUCUCUACUUCAGUUACUUUCCUGUGAUUUCAUUGAUGAACGACAGAAAUCCAAAGUUGCAAAAUCAGCACUUGCGUAUUUAAAAAGAGAAUGGUCUGAUGUAGAGGAAAGACCGGUGAAAGGUGCAAUAUUUAAUCAAGCGGUUGCAAAUAUUUUGAGAUUAUAUCUUUCAUUUCGGGAACAAACUGAGCGACUUUCUGCGAUUCAGUGGCUGUUAGCAAAUAAAGUAUCUGAGUUAGUUCCAGAAGAUGAGCGGCGACGAAGUAAAAUUUCAUCGUUAGAAUCAUGUCACGACAAGGAUUUGAAUGAUGAUGAAAGAUCUCUUUUUAUGUGUUUUAGCAAAACUACUUUUGCUUCCGUUUAUAAAGUUUUGUUCUGUUCACUGAAUGAAACUAUCAAAAAUGUUUUGUCAUUGCAAGCGAUUGAGAGGGGCAAAUUACAGCAUGAUGAAUGCCUUGCAUUUUGGAAGGUUGCCACUAGUAGUUUCUGUUUAUUAACUCUACUAAUUCGUGUCAAGGAGCUGCGGAAUGCUAGUGUAUUGUUAACUGCUGCACGUGAAGGACGGUCAUUUUUGCAGAGUUUUGUUGUCAAGAGUUCUUUUAUGUAUUUGCUAUCUGAUGAAUCCAGAUUUGCGAGAUAUGGUGCAGAAGCAACUGCCAUUCUUAAAACGGUACAGAUUGGUAAUCGUUCAUUACAGAAUAUGAGUGCUCAUGCAAAGAGUACCAAAUGCACAUCACUACUGAAGUUGUUACCUCAGCUGAGAGCAACAUCAGAGCAGUUUAUUAGAACAGUUCAUCAAUUGAUGAUUGGUGUCGACUGUGAUAGUGCAUUUCAAAUUGGACUGUUAAAGAGCAGGAAUUUAGAUGGUGAAGAACUGAAAGAAGUGGAAAUGGAAGUAGCAGAUUCUGGUGCUGAUGAUUCACAACAGGGUUCCGCAACUGGUGAAGAUGGGAACGGUGAUAUGGAACUUAUAGAGGAACAAAGCGAUACAGAUAUGGAUCUGAAUGAUGAUAGUCCAAUUUUUUAG